UCUUGCUCCUCUAGUGUAAUGGUGUUUCUUUUCUUCUUUCUUUCUCUCCUCAGACACGUUUUUCUCAAAUCUUUACCAUUUUAGCUUCUUAAUCUUUAGCCAUUCCACUUCGUGUCUCUCUUUUUUUUUGCUUACAAAACAAUGGCAAAACUCACCUUAAGAACAGACUAUAACAACAUCAAUUCUCUUCUUCCUCGCCACAAAACCCACCAAUCUCUGACUUUCAAGACUUGUUUUAGAAACCCAACUACUCAUUUGAGUUUAUCAUUGUUGCCUUUGAAGAAGAGGUUCAAGUUUUCUUGUAGUAUCAAAGAGAAAGAGAGAGAAGAUGUUGUGGAUUCUAGUGAGAGAGUUGUUAAGCAGCUAAGCAAGACCAAGAAUUUAAAUGGGUCAUCUGAAAUAUUGGGUACUUUUGAUUUUAAUUGGAAAAAUCUUCCUCAGAGAUAUAAAAUGGUUGGAACUACUUCUCUGGCCUUUGUUAUUUGUAACAUGGAUAAGGUGAACUUGAGUAUUGCGAUCAUUCCGAUGUCGCAUCAAUUUGGGUGGAAUUCAUCAGUCGCUGGAUUAGUGCAAUCAUCUUUCUUCUGGGGCUAUGCAUUGAGUCAACUGCCAGGAGGGUGGCUUGCUAAGGUAUUUGGUGGGAGAGUUGUUCUUCAAUAUGGAGUCCUGGUGUGGUCCCUUGCGACAGCAUGUGUCCCAUUACUUGCUGGGUUUAUGCCUGGACUAGUUUUGUCUAGGGUUCUUGUUGGAAUAGGGGAAGGCGUUUCACCAUCAGCUGCCACAGAUCUGAUUGCCAGAUUUAUACCAUUGGAUGAGCGCUCACGUGCUGUAUCAGUUGUUUUUGGUGGUUUAAGUGUUGGAAGCGUUGCUGGGCUUCUGUUGGCACCUCCAUUAAUACAAAAUUUUGGUUGGGAAUCUGUGUUCUACUUGUUUGGCCUUUUUGGAGUAGCCUGGUUUUUAGGAUUUCAGUUAGUAGCAGAAGAACAACCACCAACUGUUGCAACAGUUCCAAGAUCUCAAUCAUUAGCUACGGAAAAAUCAAAUACUUCUCUGGAAGAGCUUGGUGACUCGCUAAAGACGGUACCAUGGAAAGCUUUUUUCCAAAGUAAAGCUGUAUGGGCAAUGAUUUAUGCUCAUUUUUGUGGAAGUUGGGGGCACUACACUUGUUUGUCUUGGCUGCCUACGUAUUUCAGUGAGGUGCUAGAUCUUAAUUUGACAGAAGCUGCAUGGGUUUCUGUCCUGCCUCCACUAGCUUCCAUUAUGGUGACUAGCAUUGCAGCACAAGUUGCAGAUAAAUUAAUCGCAAGUGGAACUGAAACUACUGUGGUGCGAAAGCUAUGCCAAACUAUUGCUUUCUUGUCUCCCGCCGCUUGUAUGACUCUUUCCUCUUUGGACCUGGGAUUGCCUCCAUGGGAGGUAGUAAUAAUUCUCACAGGUGGCUUAGCACUUUCAAGUUUUGCAUUAUCAGGACUUUAUUGUACCCAUCAAGACAUAUCGCCUGAAUAUGCGAGCAUACUUCUGGGUAUUACCAACACGGUAGGAGCAGUACCUGGAAUUGUGGGAGUUGCUCUCACUGGUUAUCUUCUUGAUUCAACACAUUCAUGGAGUAUUGCCCUGUUUGCACCAUCAAUCUUCUUCUACCUUACUGGUACAGUUGUGUGGUUGGCUUUUGCAAGCAGUAAGCCCCAGACCUUUUUAAAGAGAGAUUAGUUCUCUUCCUAAGCUUUGGGUAGACUAUGCUAAUUGAAUCUGUCUCGGCGGACUACACUUAGUAGUACUACUAACUCGAUGCUGAAAAUUUUUGAAUUUGAGCGGCGAAAGGUAACCUCAAACACUAACCAAAACCUUUUUGAAUUAUCUGUAUAGAUUUAGGAUUUUGACAGCUUAGAUGUUUCAAAUUUAUAAUAGAAAUUGUACGAUUCUUAGCACGUUGGUCUCCAAAACAUCAUCACACAACACUCUCUGUAUUCAUGUGAAAAGGAUGUAAUAGAUGGUACCUGAUGCUGUAUAUAGUGAACAAUCAGAACUUCAUAUGAAAUGCCCAUAUUUAUUUAGAAAUAUAUUUUACUUAUCAUAA